AUGCCACACCGGCUCCAAUCAAACUUUCCAACAACGGCUGGGUGGUGGAAUAGGCAAUCGUCCUGCUUCCCCCCAUCCCCUGCCCUGCUUCCCCCCAUCCCCUUCCCUGCUUCCCCCCAUCCCCUUCCCUGCUUCAACCCAUCCCCUCCCCUGCUUCCCCCCAUCCCCUUCCCUGCUUCCCCCCAUCUCCUUCCCUGCUUACCCCCAUCCCCUUCCCUGCUUCCCCCCAUCCCCUGCCCUGCUUUCCCCCAUCCCGUCCCCUGCUUCCCCCCAUCCCCUUCCCUGCUUCCCCCCAUCCCAUUCCCUGCUUCCCCCCAUCCCCUUCCCUGCUUCCACCCGUCCCCUUCCCUGCUACCCCCCAUCCCCUUCCCUGCUUCCACCCGUCCCCUUCCCUGCUUCCCCUCAUCCCCUUCCCUGCUUCCCCCCAUCCCCUUCCCUGCUUCAACCCAUCCCCUCCCCUGCUUCCCCCCAUCCCCUUCCCUGCUUCCCCCCAUCUCCUUCCCUGCUUACCCCCAUCCCCUUCCCUGCUUCCCCCCAUCCCCUGCCCUGCUUUCCCCCAUCCCGUCCCCUGCUUCCCCCCAUCCCCUUCCCUGCUUCCCCCCAUCCCAUUCCCUGCUUCCCCCCAUCCCCUUCCCUGCUUCCCCCCAUCCCCUUCCCUGCUUCCACCAAUCCCCUUCCCUGCUUCCCCCCAUCCCCUCCCCUGCUUCCAUCCGUCCCCUUCCCUGCUUCCCCCCAUCCCCUUCCCUGCUUCCAUCCAUCACCUUCCAUGCUUCCCCAUGUCCCCUUCCCUGCUUCCCCCCAUCCUUUCCCUACUCCUAUUCACUGGAAUGA